AUGUCCGACAACAACAGCAUGAAGUUCCCUCUUGUCCCCCCCAGCGAGGGUGUCGUCCCUGACCAGGGCAUUGUCCCUAACCGGGACGCCUUCCUUAACUUAGACGUCUUCCCAGGCCAGGACAUCUUCCCUGGUGAGGCUUUAUGCCCGGCACCCGUCGGAGACCAGGGUCAGCAUCUGCCGGAGGGGAUGUAUCGUAUACCCCAAGACGCCGAUUUCAUCCCUAAGGAGGAAAUCGGAUUUCGCCUGUUUGCCCGCCAGCUCCAGCGCUUCCACGCAAGUGGGCUGGAUAACAAGAACAGGCGCCGUAUCACGCCUGCCGAUAUUCAGCUCGCUCAGGAGAUGGAACCCAACACCGGCCCCAUGUUCUACCACGACGGGACAAACUGGCCGGCUGACUGGGUAGUCGAGGAAGGCAACGGCGUUACGAAGGAGCUGGCCGAUGCAAAGGCCAAGGAAUUUGAACAGGGUCUAAUCAACCACCGAAUGUUCGGCUUCUUUUUGUUCCAAGAUCUAGCCGCCUACAUUGACUUGAAUGCGGUCUUUGACUAG